AUGCCUUACCUCCUGUACUCGGUCUCCUUCCUCCUCCUCGUUACCGCCACGGCCCUCUACUUCACCCGCUCCCACUGGCUCCCUUACCUCCCCGACCUUCCGUUCCCCGGCCGCGACUACAUCUACUCGCGGCUCCCCUCAAGCUUCGCUGGCGACAUGGACGCCGGCCUCUCGAGUUCCACCUUUGACCUCGCGGCCAACAUCGAGUCGGGCGAUGGCCGCGCCGGCCUCGACGACCGGUCUAAGGCCGAGAUCCUCAAGAUUAUGAAGAAGCGCCGCCUGAAGUUUGACGACGCCCGCAGGGCUUACAUGCAGCAGCGCUUCAAGGCAAACGGCAUCGGACCCGACGGGCGCCCGCUGGACCCCAAGGCCGUGACCUUCAGCUGA